AUGGCGGACGAAGUUUUCAGUGCCAUUAAAACAGGAAAUAUUAUGUGGAAAUGCUCAGCCUGCAAAUCUAUUUGUGAUGAAUCGAUUAUAGUAGAAAGUGAAGGAGAGAACGAAAUUAUCAAUUCAGAUAAUCUUGUAAAUCAUGUUGAUGAAAUUCAGGAAAAACUAAUUAAUUUUGAUGUAUCAAACUGUAGCAUUGAUAAAUUAGCCGCUUAUUUGAAAAAUGUAGGUCUGAUUGUUGGUGAUAUACAUAAAUCACAACAUAAUCUUGCCCUACGUUUGGAUGAAUUGACACAACAAAAUAAUAGUAAUGAUAUCCAGAAAGUUAUUUCAGUAGAACAAAAAGUUAAUGGAAAAGCGACUGCCAAUAGUUUAUAUAUAGUUAAAUUUACAUUAGAAGUAGCUAAAACCGAAAUGCUGAUGAAAAAAGCAUCUCAUGAUACACCUGUAAAUAAAUUUAUUGUUAAAAUGGAUGAUAUCACAAACAAAUUUAAGCAGUCUAUUAUUGUAGGUGAUAUAAAUAUUAACUUAUUAAGCAGGACUAAUAAUGACGUUAUAAAUUACUCUAUUGAUACUGCUCUGUCUGACCAUCAAAUGUUUUUAAUAAGUUUUAAUAGAAGUCUACAGAAGGACGUAAUUUGCAAUUUUAAGGUUGUUACUGAUUAUGAUAAAUUAGUUAGAGAUAGUUUUUGGUCCACAAUGGACUCUUAUCGUAAUUUUAAUGAUUUUGUAGUUGGCCUAACUUCUUUAGUAAAGUUGACUCCUAUUUUAGUUAAAUUUAUUAAUUUGUCAUUUCAAAAUCAUAUUUUGACGGACUCACUGAAAAGUGGAGUUGUGACGCCUAUCUAUAAGGGUGGUGGUCAUAGGGAUAAAAACAAUUACCGACCGGUAUCUGUACUUAGUGCUCUUUCGAAAAUUUUUGAAAUUGUUAUUAGAAAUCGUUUGGAGAUUUUUCUGGCAAAUAAUAAUAUUUUGAAUGUGGAACAGUACGGUUUUGAAAGGAAAUCUAAUACAACAUCUGCUUGCAUAAGAUUGACACAUUUCAUUACUAAAAAUAUGGAUGAAGGAAAAUAUGUUAGUUUCGUAUUUUUAGACUUAAAAAAGGCCUUUGAUUGUGUGGACCACGAUAUUCUUUUGCGCAAACUUUCGGGUAUGAAUUUUGAAUUUGACCAGAUUUCAUUUAUUAGGUCGUAUCUCACUCAGAGGAAACAGAGUGUACGUUUAGGAGAUGUGGUUAGUGAGUCUAAAAUAUUAAAGAAGGGUGUUCGUCAGGGUUCGAUUUUGGGUCCCACACUAUUUAAAAUUUAUACACUAGACGACACAGCACGACUAAACUUGCGCGGCUCUAUACAACUAUAUGCUGACGACGCGGUGAUGAAAUAUGCUAGUGUUAGUGAGUAUGAGUUAAGGGAUUCAGUUCAAUAUGGCCUCAAAGGUGAUAAAAAUCAUUCAUAA